GAACGCGAUGAGUAGGCAUCGAUGUAACGCGUUGUCGUCGUUGUUUCCAUCAUCACCAACCAGAAAGGAGAAAAAUAAGAGCAUUCAAUUAAGCAGAAGUGAAAAAGCGAGAGAGAUAGUGCGAGGCAUAGCCGCGAAUGCUCUUGAGCAGUAUAGUAACUGAAAGAAGGAGCAAAAGGAAGAGGCAUACUAUUGGAGAAGAAAAAAAAGUACACCGAAAAGUGGAAUAAGAAGAAACGUGUGUCUCUUUCGAAAUAGUGUGGAAAUUUUGUAAAAGUACCAGCCAAGCUUGAAGAAAAGUGAUUGUUAAAAAUUGUUAUACAACAGAAUUGUUGAGUGUUUCCAAUCUACGAUUGAAGGCAGUUCUACGAAGAAAAUUGUAAUUUACGAUUCAAUAAGCGUAUGCUAAAGUGUGUGAAUUCGAAGGCAGAAAAGGUAAAUCCAGCAUCGAAAUGUCAGUGAAAAUUUCAUCUUCAUUUAGUUCAAAAAUCGAAAUUUCCCCUUCGCGAUUAGCGUAUUUCUAAAAAAAAAAAGUUUUUGUAAAUAGUUUCCCUCGAGUUCAGGAAGUUUUUCAUCGCCGACCAGGAAAAAACUGUUCUGCUUCUGCCGGAGUAGCGUUGUUGGAAUCAUUUUCUUUGAACGGAUCCAGAAUUUCACUUGUCGCAAGAGCCAAGCUUUUGGCAAAGGUGGGUACAACCCCAAAACUCCCCACGCCGCGGGAGGGGACAAGGCGCUGUUCCGAUAGCCACUGUGAGUCCCGAGAUCAAAGAAAGUGAGGUUUUCUUUCCUGGUGAACAAGUGUUUUUCUUCUCAAUCGAGAAGGAAAUAGAAUCUUCUUAAAUUUUCACUAGUUGUGUGAAUAAAUUCAAAAAGAAGCAGCAGUGCAAACAUCUAUGUUCUUAUCCGGAUUGCGUGUCCGGGUUCGUGAAUAGUCGAGGAUAGGUAAGAAAGAAUGUUCCAGGAACAUCUCUUUCUGAGCGUUUAUCCCGGUUUAGUUAGGGAAGUGAAUAAGUGAUUUCGUGCUGAAGCAAUUUGGUAAUCAUCGAAGCGUGUUCCAGCGCCCUGCCAGAGGAGCUCAUCGAAUUGUGUUCCAAAUAUCUGCAAAGUUGCUGCCGUGCGUUUUCCAACUUUGCAAAAAAUUCCGGGAGUUCUGUGGCGUCCUCCAUUACGAGUGGUCAUCGUCCGGGGGAUGAUGUAACAACAGUCUGGCUGAUCGCCGUGAGUGGCCGCAGCUUUCUUCGUCCGUUGUCGUCCAGAACCCCGAUCGGUCGAUCGAUCGUCUGUCCGGUCUCAAAAGCCGACGUCGCGUACGUGGUCGAAUUGCGCGAAAAAUUCGUGUUAUGUGCUAAUUUAGUUCUCACCCUCCCCGUAUCAUCGAUUUUACCUAUCCCAUAGAUCUAGAGUCUUUCGAUUUCUGUGUGACCGGUAAGUGCAGUAAGUAGUGAUUUUUUGGUUUUUUUCUCGAGAAAAAUUGCAAAUUUGCUUCAGUGCGGGCUGAAGGCCCCCGAACGGAAAAGUCGCCUCCAUGAAGCACCUGAGGCACAAUGGUACGCGAGACUCGACAUCUUUGGGUUGGAAACUUGCCCGAAACGGUACGAGAGGACAGAAUACGCGAGCACUUUAAAAGAUAUGGCAGAGUUCAAAGUGUUAGAAUUAUCACCUCUUCAGCGUAUAACCCAACCCUCUCCACCUCCGCUACCGAUGGUGUCAGUGGCGUUGAUCCGGUGUUUAAGGAACAUCAGCAGUUGCAUGGCCCGGACGGUGAGACCCACGGGGGUAAUUGCAGCUCGUUGCUGGCACCCGCCGCGGGUGAUUUCGGCGAUAGUACUUCAGUGGCGAACCCGACGCCAUCCGCUGGGCCCAUUGGGUCAUCGUCGGUAUCUGCUGCUGGAUCAGCAGUCCAUUCGAGCGAUAUUAGCACUAGCAGUAGUAGUAGUAGUUUUUGUAGUCAUAGUACCGGUAGUCAGAAACCUAGCGUACCAAGCAGCAAUGGCCUGGUCAUCAGUGUUUGCGCGACGAUUGCCUUCAUGGACAUUAAGUCGGCAGCAAAAGCACACACCGCCGAACACAAGUUUGACGAUCGCAUAUUGACCACGGAGUACUAUGAACCUUCGCUACUAACGAUGCCCCCGACAGUAGCACCAUCGGCAGUCACCACCGGCAGCUCCAAUUGUAGUACAACGACACCCGGUGAUAACAGUAUUAGUACUUCUAGCACCACAAUGCACAAACACACUAUCGGAAACAGCAACAACAACAACAACAAUAGUAGCAAUAGCAUAAAUAAUUCAGGAAACAGUAUUCAGUAUUCUACAGCCUCUGCUACUGCCUUCCUGCCGUCGUCGAAUUCUGGAACAGUCUCGACGACGGCUGCAGCUACUAAUAGCAAUAACUGUACCAACGGUAGUAUAAGCAAGUCCGAGGCUUCCUCCGGUAGUAAACUGCUCGGUCAUCCCGAGGAACAAGGUUCGUUUUACGAGUUUAGCAAUAGCAACGGCAGUAGCAGAACGGGCAGUUUCAACCGUUUACUAGGUGGCGCCAGUGGAGAUGGAGAACACUGCAGUUCCUCCUCCUCCUCCAUUGGGGCCAGCGGAAGUAACGGCCGACGAAUGUCAGUGUCCGUCGGUUACGCGCGGGAGUUGCUUAUGGACAGUCAGAACGGGGGUGGUAAUCGGGGCAGACCCCGAGAUCGGCAGCAUUACCGGAACGGACCGUACGCAGCACCACUUCCGGAAAGAUCGACCCCAAUCAAUCAUCAUCGGUUAUCGUCCAGCAGUAGUUGGUACGGCAAUACUAGCACCAACACCGCCAACGACAGCGCCAAUAACCUAACGAUCUCACAGCAUCAGUCCUCCGGUGGCCCAGUGACACCCACCCGCAAUAUCUACAGUGCGGUUGUCCUGCCGGAUCAUUCUAAUCCGGUGUCGGCGUCCUCGCUGUCCCCGUCGCCGUCGGCAUUGCAACCAUCGAAUCCCGCAGCGGCCGGGUUAUUGGUCAACAGCAGUGCUGCUGCAACCAACGAGCGCAUUAACAACAACAGCUAUGAUAAGUUGGGUUCCAAGAAAAAGCUAAAAUCACGCUCGUCCGACUCGGAAUCGCCCAGUGACGGCGGACAUCAUCACCAGUCGCUGUCGCAGCCGCACCAUCAUUCUUCACACCAUUCGCGGCAAACGUCUCCGAUCUCGUCAUCUCACCUACCGCAUUAUUAUCAUCAUCAUCAUACGGGUGGACAUCAUCACAAUCACAUCGGUGCUACUGGUGUUAGUGGUCAUUCCUCGCAACUCACGCACAACAGCCGAAGUGAUCGAUCAAACUCGAGAUCCCGGUCACGAUCACCGAGUAGUUCCUGUUCGUCCACCAACAGUACUACCACCAGCCAAUCGAACGAGACUUCGUCGACUACAAGAAGUCCUGCCACUCUUGUACUAGGCAACAGCAGUGCUCCAUUCGGUAGUGGUCGAGAAGGUCGUUCGGAUCGAUUAGACCGUGAGCAAAUCUGCAACCGGGGAAAUCUUCAGUCUGCGGUAACCGUCAGUAAUAACAGCAAUAAUAAUGGUGGCAGUAGCUCCGGUGCGAGUAGUAGCAGCGGUUCAGGUGGCGGCAAUCUAAAUUGUCACUCGGAGGAUAAUCGACCGCUAGCAAUUUGCGUACGAAAUCUACCAGCACGAUCGUCGGACACUUCGUUGAAGGAUGGAUUAUUUCACGAGUACAAGAAACACGGCAAAGUAACAUGGGUGAAGGUUGUUGGUCAGAGUACCGACCGUUACGCGUUGGUGUGCUUCAAGAAGCCGGAGGAUGUUGAGAAAGCACUGGAGGUGUCCCACGACAAGCUGUUUUUCGGUUGCAAGAUUGAAGUAGCACCGUAUCAGGGCUACGACGUUGACGAUAACGAGUUUCGGCCGUACGAGGCGGAGUUGGACGAGUACCACCCUAAGUCCACCCGAACUCUGUUCAUCGGAAACCUCGAGAAGGACAUCACGGCGAGUGAGUUGCGCAAGCACUUCGAUUGUUUCGGCGAAAUCAUCGAAAUCGACAUCAAGAAGCAGGGUGUUAGUGCGUACGCCUUUUGUCAAUAUUCGGACAUUGUUAGUGUAGUGAAAGCCAUGCGUAAAAUGGACGGUGAACAUUUGGGCAGUAAUCGAAUCAAGCUGGGGUUUGGUAAAUCGAUGCCCACCAAUUGUGUAUGGAUCGACGGAAUCGCGGAUAGUGUGGGGGAGGGCUAUUUGAAGUCCCAGUUCGAUCAUUUCGGUGCCGUCUCUCAAGUGACUAUUGACCGUGAUCGAAAGUUGGCGCUAGUGUUUUUUGAGCAGGUUCAGUGCGCCCAGGUAGCUGUGAAGGAGAUGCGUGGUGCGACUUUACGCGGACGAAAAUUGCAAGUGGAUUUUGCCUCGCGCGAGUGUCAAGAUGCAUUUUUUGAUAAACUCGACAAACAAUCUAACGCGUCGUUCGGUUCACCCCGUUUCGAAACCAGCUCCAGCAGUCGUUAUGGAAACAGUCGUUACGUGGAAGGAUCAAGCCGAAGUAGGGCUGCCUCUUUCAGUCGACCCAGUAAUCCUUUGAGUCUCGGUGGAGCCGUCUCGCCGAGACUGGAUCCGUCACCCGUAUCGUCAAGUCGAGGGAAUGCCACCGGUAACAAUCCCAGUACACGAUCUCGAAUCGUUCGAUAUUCGAACGACGAUUAUUAUCUGGACAAUGCAAACAGCACUCACAGUGGCGGUUGCAACGAGCGGAAGUUUCGUAGCUACGACGAGUACAGUCAAGGGUCGGCAGCUAGUUCGCACGAAGAUGCGUACGAGCACGACGGUUACAGCAGCAGUCACACGAGAAGCAGUGCCCAUGAUCGGUUGCAACCGCCGACGACCUCGGAUUCACCCCCACCGGUUGUGACAUCGAGUGGGUUAUCUUCGUCUAUACAGUCCCGCUUGGGGGAUGUUGAACUACCCGCCGGUUUGGGUCGAAAGCGAAGUGAGAAAAGUCCAGGUGAUAUACGAUAUUUACAGAAAGAAAGAGUGCAUAUUUUAGAACAAUUAGAAGAAUGCCCGUCCAGUGGUGAUGAGUUAGUGAGUCCAAAGAAACGUAUCAAAUACAAUUCAGAUGCUCACCACGGCAGUGACCCAUCUGAUCAUCAUCAUCCCCAUUAUUCUUCUUCUGCUGUUGUUAUUCCAUCCAACAUAGCCAACGAUACGGCUAGUGGAACGUGUGAUCCAACGGCGGCAUCGUCUGGCAGCGGGAACGUUGGUGGAACGAGCGGACAUCACCACUACAACAGUAGUAACAGUAGCAACCAUUACAAUAGCCAUCAUCACCACCACCAUCAUAACAGUAGUGAGAAUAGUGUGCAGUCUGGUUUCUCCUCCUCAUCCGCGGUCUCGCAUCACAGAAAGUGCGUCGAGGUGCGGCGGCUCUCAGACUGCAACCUGCAGCAAUCAAAAUCAUUAUCAAGCCAAUCAACGCCUUCAUCUAUGCAUAGUAACAAUAAUAGCAGAAGACCGUCCACUGACAGCACACCGUUGCAACAAAGACAUGGUAGCAGUAGUAGUAAUAGUUCUUCCAGUUUACAACAAUCACACCUAGAUAGUGGACAUCCCUAUACGCAUUCGAGCAAACGACGAAAAACGAUUCUGAACAGUGACAACAGUAUGACCGUCAUUGCGAGUUCCGGGAUCUCGGCGUUGUCGUCGAAUGAGCAUCACCAUUCGUCACGAGGUCGGGGCCACCAGCUACACUCGAUACACUCUCACGAGGCGAGCGGUGGUGAGAGCGCAGAUGGUUCACGACCCGGAACACCUCUCUGUGAUGAACGACCGGAGAAUCUACCACCCAGCGAACCACGACGGAUACCAACGAGUCGCUCCUACAAUCAAGAACCUAUGAGUCUACCGUUGCCACGAUUUGCGAUACAGUUCCUACAGCAGUAUCGGUUGCAGAAUCAACAGCAGCAGCUCCAGCCAUCCCUGGUUGUUCCUGUUUCUUCGCAUUCGUCGACAAGUGUCUUGUCCAGUGCAUCGCUUCAGCAAACGUCAACGUCAACAACAACAACAGCACAGUUUUCUAGCGUGUCCGGUUCAUCGGCCCAAAGUGCUCUGAGUUCUUUGCAUACCACAUCGUCCGGUGCUGCUAUGAGUGGUUUAUCUUCGCUUUCAUCUAAUUCUAGUCUACUAAAUAACACACUAUCAAGUCCACCGCCCACGCACGCAACCAAACUGUCACUGGUCAUACCACAGAACCCGAACUCUGGAAGCAGCAGCACGACUCCCGCAUCGGCUUCCGGCUGUUCCAGUACCGUAAAUAGUUUGGAGCAUGGAAUCCAAGCUCCCGCAAGUCCACUGCGAGCUCCGUCGGUCAGUUCUAAUUCGAGUGACUCCGAUGAUGGUCCAUCUAUUUCACCUUCUCUGGAAGAACGAAUCAACAGGCUUGAUGAAAUGUACGAAAAAUGGUCCGGCAACAGUCAAACUCGGCCGAAUAACACCUCCACUGAUCAUCAUUUCAAUGAUCGACACCACAGUCAUAACAUGUACCACCACAACCACAUCAGUUCUGCGGUGACUGCGGGUAGUUUGAAUCAAUCACCCGUAUCGAAUGUGUCGUCGUCUUCUACGUCAUCGUUCCGACAUAAACUGCUCGAACUUGACGUGCACGAAGUCCCUCCAUCCGAUAUAGUCAAGUCUCUUUUAUCGCGAAAAUCAAUCUUUGACGAGGAUCUCAAACGAUUGGAAAACAUCAGCGAUAAAUACGAGCCCGGUGUCUUCACCAGUUACGCCAAGAGCACUGUGAAUUUCAACACCACCGGCAUAGCGAACUCGGCAACCGUUUCACCGGUUCACACGAUCCUAGCAUCGCAGUCUCCUCUGCACGCGCUAAAAGCGCAAACACCACCGGCAACUAGUUUACAACGGCUUGGUAGCAGUAGCACCUCGGGAUCACCCAUGAACAGUCCCCAGCCAUACAACAGUCCAAAUCCGUCGGUGAAAUCUGGGCUUCAGUAUCCGUUCCCGAGUCAUCCACCAACAAUGCCAUCGGUAGCUGUUACAACAUCUGUUCCUACUAGCACCGCCUGUGCAGCGUCUGUGACGUCUUCUGCGGCAGCAGGCUCAGCCAAUUCGGUCGUUUCUAGUACCAACAGUGGAACCACGAACACUUCCUCCACAUCCGACGCAAGCAGUACGUUUUCCAUUUCUUCUUCCUUUCCCUCGUCACUCACUUUCACCAGUACAAGUACACUAGCGAGCGUUGCUCCGAGUAGUUAUGCAAUAACUCCCAUUACUUUCUCUGGUACCACCACAGCAACCGGAGCCUCAGCAGCAGCAGCAACAACAGCAACAACAACAACAACAUUGUGCAGGAGCACUUCGGCUACCCUAGCAAAUAAACCAAAGACCAAUGUUUUAAACAAAAGUAUUAGUUUAACGGAAAAAGCAAGUACAAAUAUUAGUAGUAACAACAAUAAUAAUUUAACGUGUAAUAGUAAUAAUCUAACGAGUACUAGCAGUAGGUGUAGCACUAGCUUAAAUGAAUCAUCUGCAAUGGUAACAACUAUGACAACUAUUGCAACGACAACGAGCAUAGCAACAGUGAAAGUAUCCUCAAUGAUUUCUUCUUCUUCGUCGUCAUCAUCAUCAUCGUCGUUUUCGUCAGCCGCAGUUGAGACGACUGUGGCCAACAACACCGCCACAUCGACAAUGUUCGGAACAGUUCCAUCCGCCUCAUCCAGUAACAUCACUACUAGUAACCCCGCCACUAUCCCGGCGAGAAUACCGGUAUCUUCUAGCAGUCAUAGAAGCUCUACAGUUACGACAGCUCCACCUGGUAGUACAAAUUGCGGUACCAUUAGGCCCAGCAGUAUACCGCCUGUAUCAUCGAGUACUUCCAUAGAUGGGUUACACCAGCAUUCCAAUAGUUCUAAUACUAAUCAAGGCGUCGGUAACAGUAGUAGUAACAGUAGUGAGAAAGAGGACAAACAAAGUAGUGUUGGUUCUGGAAGCAAACAUCAUAAAGAUCGACGGAAACUGUCGACGGCUUCUUCGUGCUCGACAAGCUCAACUGGUUCCACUACACCAUCGUUGACGCCAACUACCUCCUCUAAUCAUCCUUCAUUGCCGGAUUUGAAGGCAGACGAAGCUUCACCUACCGAUGACGAUCACCAUGCUCAUCAGCAGCAUCCGGCUAGUGGCGGUUCUAGUGGGAAACACAGCAGCAACAAACAGAACAAAUCAAAUCAUCACCAUGGGCACAACCAUAGCCAUGGACACAGUCACCGACAUUCCAGUGACAGUACUAGCAGUACAGGUAGCUCGACGAUAGUCGCUGUCUCUAGGGUUGGUCCACAAAAAGACGUAUCAGAUGAUGCAAAUGAGUUCGAUCGUUUGAAGUUAGAUGUCCCGCUGAACAACGUGAAUCCCCGAAGCGGAAGUCACAGUCGGAAAGAGAAAGACGUACAAGAGCGCGAUGAAAAGGAGAAGGAGAAAGAACGUAAACCUGGAGAGGAACGGUUGCAACGUGAGAAAGAAGAAUCGAAACGAAAUCAGGAACAGAAGACAAAAGAAUUAGAAGAACCGAGGAGAAAGGAGAAAGAGGAAGAUGAACGAGGACUGCAAGAGGAACGAGCUAAACAAUCGGAGCGAGAAAAAGAGCUAGAGCGGAAAUCACCGAAAGAACGAGAGGAAAGUGAGAGGGUUGAAAGAAACAAACGGGAUAAAGAUGGCGAUAAUCUGGUAAACGAGCAAAUGAAACACUCAUCGGACGAUGGAGGAUUCGUUUCAACGAAAACUGCCUGCGAAGAACUAUCGAAACAUCACAAAGGUCGUCGUGAUACUGGUAGUUCUGGGGGAAGUAAUUCACCUGUCCGAAAUUCAUCGAAACGGCGUCUUAGCUCACCGGAUAGCAAUGACUCUCCAAUGGAGGAUGCUAAUGCCCUGAAGAAACAUAAACAGGAGAAUCAGGACAAUAAUCGGAUUUCCGAUCGACGAGAUUCCAGCAGAGAUGGCAGAAAGGAAAAGCACCAUAAGAGUCAUAAUCGAACCGAUAAAGCGUCCAAGUCAUCUUCGGUGUCGUCUAGUUCGUCGGAAAAAUCAGUGUCUCAACCGAAUGUUCUUGGCAGUGGUGGUGGAAGACACGAGAGUCUUGAUGAUAAGCAGCAGUUUAUGUUGGAAGAACGGCGGAAAGAAAUCACAUUCCCGGUUGAAGAGCAUAUACAUAACACGCAUCAUCACAAGAAGAAGGAUCGCUAUCACGAGAAGCAUAAAUCUAAAAAAGAACGAGAAUCAUUCGGAGACAAGGAGAACACACAGAGUGAGAAUUUUUCGGUUGAAAACUUUGCCGAUCAUCGAUCCACCAGUGAUGAAGAAGAGCUGAGUCGCUUACAUCACAAGAAAGAGCACAAUAGUUCCAAGGACUAUGGCAAACGAUAUCACAGUGAAAGCGGAGUUGACUACAAGAAGUAUGAUCGCAAAUUUAGUCUAGCAGAAUCAUCCCCAGAUGAAGAUGGCAAGAAAAAGAAAAAUCGUACCAACAACAGCCGAGUGAAAUCAGUUAACAGUUCGGAUACGGAUGACUCGGAUGAGCCUAAGAAGCAUUCGAUUUUCGACAUCCCCGAUGAAGGACCGAAUAUCUCUAUGUACGAUAAAGUGAAAGCACGUUCCUGUAAAAACAUGCAAAAACAGGAAGAGGAAAAGAAAAUUAAAGAAAAGUUCUCCAAAUUGAAGCGAAGUCGUGCUAAACGUGAAGGAAAGAAUCGUUCCAAGAGCUGGGAUGAGGAUUCCGACACUGACGGUAUGAACUCCGAUACCACAAUAAAUAGCAAGUAUAAUCACAAGGAUCGACACAAUAAGAGUGGCAUGAUUACGACCUCCGAUGACGACGAUCAUCUACCUACAACACCACGAAUCAGACGUCAGCCGAAAGAACCUUUGGCAUCCGAUUCGGAAGAGGAGGAACACAGUCGUCGUAUCCGUAGUAAUCGUGAUCGCCUGAAUAAUUUGUGUGACGAUGAAAGUUCCGACCUCGAUCACCCAAGAAGACAUGCCCCUCAUACGCCUCGGCGUAGAUCGGGUGAGAAGAGCUCUCGAAAGAAUUAUAGAUCAACGAGAAUCCAGUCGGACUCCGAUUCGGAAGAUAACGGUUCGGUUACUCGACAUAAACGUGUUUGCGAGUUCGAGAGUUUGAAUGUCACAAGGGAUAACAAUCAGUCACAUUCGUUCGGAAGUAAGUUAAGCGUUAUGGCUAUCAAACAGGAGAUUAAGAGUGAGGAAGACAACACUCAGGAACCAGUUGAAAGCAAGGUAGAAAUCAAGGCAGAGGCAAAAGUUCAGCCCCCAUCGGCACUCAUUACUAGUGACGUUUCGGACGAUGAUGUAGUCAAAAGUAUCGUAAAAUCUGAAAUCAUUCCUAGUACCAUGAUCAAGAAGGAACUGAUGGCUGACCGGUUGACUUUUGCCAAAGAGCGUCUGGGUCAACUGUGUGAUCCGGUUUCUUCGGAAGGAGAACCGAAUGUAACCACGGCAGUUAGUGCAGAGAUCGAGAACACAGUUAACUCGGCUGUCGAUCAAAUGAUUUAUGGUCAUUCGGAGUCGAAGAAGAAACACAAGAAGAAACAAAAACGACACAAGACACUUGAAGGCUCGGAGACCGAAGUUAAGAGUGAGAAGGAACAUUCCCCUCGUGAUGAGAGUGGUUCGGUGUUCGAUGAACUGAAGAAAACUACAGAUGAUCAAAUGUAUGCUAGUUCGAAGAAAAAGCACAGUGGCAAGAAAGACAAACGGCGUGAUCGCUCGAAGGAGGAAUACGAAAGAUCUGGCAAAUCCAAGAAAUCGAAAAAUAAACAUAAAGAUGGUAUUAAACUGCCAGACAUUGUAACAUCUAAUACGAAACGGGAGGAGAAAAUGGAAGACAUUUUUGGACCCAUCUCAGACGAAGAAUCACAGCAUUCUUCCGUAGAAACAGAAGUCUCUGUCAAGCAAGAACCGACUGGACAGCAGCUGGAAGUGAAGUCUGAGGAAACUACGAAAUCCCUGGAAAACCAACCAAACGAUGGAGAAAUGACGGAGAAAGAGAAAAUGAAGGAAGAAUCCAGACGCAGGAAGGAACGAAAGCGACGUGAGCGCGAAAAGUUGAGAGCUGCGAUGACUAUGAAGGAAGAAGAGAACAGUGUAGAUUUGGACGAGGCAGGCCGUGCAUUGGAGGCCCAACUAAUGAGUGAUUCCGAUCAAAAGGCUGACGAUGCAUCACCCACUUCGACGGUUGCUACAAGUGGUAAACAAUCUACGGCAGAUGUGAUGGAUGUGUUCCGAUUUACCGAUGGUGACGACAGUAUGGAGACAUCGUUCAGUGAAAAGAAGGAAUCGGAUCAUAGUCGCAAAGAGAAAAAGAAAAAGAAGAAACGCGGUAAAGAUGAGAAACAUAAGCACCAUCACAGCAGCAGUAGCAGCAGUGCAAAUCACACGAAUCCCCCGAUUACAACUCCAUUUACGCCUACGGCCAACAAACUUUCUUUGGAUAUCAUCUCGGCUCAACAGGAAGAUUCUAAACACAACAUGAGCAAACAAUCGCCUAGUUUACCGUGUUUGAUGGAAGAUAGUCCCCCAUGUUCGAAUCGACAAUCGGCGCUGCCAACAUCAGUGUCGAUUCCAGCUGGACAAAUGUCCCCAUCAACUCCAACAGGCCGAGAGCUAGCAUGUUCAACUCCAACCAAGGAACUGGAGACAGAAAAGUCGUCGAUCAAUCCAGACGAUAACGAUGCGCUCAAUUCAGCCCCAUCGAAACGAAAAUUGGAAAAGACAAUUCCGGCUUUCGGAGAGAUCGAUCAACAACUUCACGAAAAAGCGGUGUUGUCUAUUUCGGGAGAAUUCAUUACUGAGAAGAGUACCAAGGAAGAUCAAAAAAUUAUGGACGUUGUCCACGAAACUAAAGACAAGUCAGACGAAUCGAAGAUCGAGGAGAAAUCUAGGGCGGUAAUUUCACAGGAGGAAACGGAAGAUGCCGUAGCGGCAUUGCUGGGAGAAAGCUUUGGAACAUCAAAUACUCCUGAUUUCUCUAUUGAUUACUCCAUCGAUCCAGUUGAGGAAUCUUCUUCGCAGUUGAACAAUGAUCCGCCACAGAUCCCCGAAGAAGAUGAUGAGGAGAUGAAAAAGGCAAUUUUGAGCUUGAACACAGAAGAACACAUAAAGCUCGAUAUGAAACCUGAUACACCGCAGUCAGAGCACGAUUUACAAAUUGAUACUGAUACCGAGGAUGUAGCUGACGAUGACCAUCCUGCCAGUUUACUGCGGUUUGAUAAUCCUCCCAAGACGCCCGAUGUAGAUCUUAGUCAGAUAGGUAAACCGUUGUCGGAGGCUAGCACAAUUCCUGGUCCUGAUUCAGCAAAGAAAUACGACAAACUGGAAAUGCCUGACACGCCAGGUAAAAAUGUUCAGAUUACAAGUAGUACGUCUGCUAAAGUUGCAGCAGAGGCAACGCCAGUAUCCACUGUGAUUACUAAGACAUCACCUACUGUAGCAGACGCUCCUCAAGUUGGUUCAACUGUAGCGUCCAAGCAUCCAGUUCCAAUUUCGAAGCCGGCGGUGCCAAUUCAAGCCCCAAUUAUAAUGCAGUGUCAGAAAACAAGUACAGCAACUACCGUGGGAACUAUCAAAGAUGCACCGAACAAAGUAAUUUCCACCAUAGCGUCGUCAUCGUCUCAACCAAUUGUAGUGUUUUCGUCGUCUUCCCAGGCAACUCAGGUGAAGCCCGUUUUGUCCGUUACACAGAAGGCGACAAUGGUUGGUGUUCAACCACCACAAAUUCGGCAACAGUACAUCAUGCAAGCACCACCCACGAUCAGCAUCCCUGAGCAACACAUUGCAUAUCAACCACUUGAUACUGCGGUCAUGUCUCCGCGUGGUCCGAUUGCAAAUGAUCCGAGACUGCAAUCGCCGAAGCUUCAACUUCAGCCUCAAUCACCAUUCAUGAGAACAUCUUCUCCGACGGCAACAAGUCCUAAUCUAAUACGACCACAAAUUAUACCUAACCGCCAGUCUCCGCAACACAGUCCAGUUAUGGGUUCACAUCCCAUGCUAAUUCAUCAGCCAAGCGGUCACAUCCUUGUUUCAUCAGCAACCUCCAACAGUCAGUUUGCUCCGAAGACAAGUCAAAUGAAUCAAGCAAUGCAUGUUGGACCACGCUUCCCCGUUGUUACACAAUCGAAAGUUGUUCCGUCGCCACCAAAAGUUAACGAACCUGCUCCAUCCAAGCAGCCCAUUAACACGUUCGCUAAUCUUGGAAUGGCCCCAGGUACUCGCAUCGUAACCUCUAUGUCGAGCACAGCAUCAAUGCCGGUGCUAGGAAACGAGAUUACAUCAAACACUGGCUCUGGUUCCAAGAUGGUUGUAACCUCAACUGCAAUUCCUGUGACUACAUACGUCAUUCACAAUACGAAAUCCAUGGAGUCCGGUCAGAAACCAUCGUUGCCUGGUACUCCAACGAAAACUAUCAUUCACCAACAGCCGGUUUAUAUUCAGCAUCCAGUCAAGCAGUUCGUUCCACAGCAACAACCGAUUAUUCAGACGAAUCUGAGCUCGGUUCCUCAAUCGCCUCGACUGUCGUCGCCUGUAGCAACACCUUCGAGUAAUAUUAUCGUCUCGUCUCUGAGUCAGAAAUCAAAGGAAGAUAGUAAGCUUUCAAAUACCACACCUACCAUCACUUCGAAUCCGAAUCUGCUAUCUCAAUCGACAGUUGCUUCUGUUGCUAGUACUACGGAUAAUGCAACGGAAACCAGCAAAGAAAGCAAACCGGGCAUUGACCUACAGAAGACAUCCAGUGUGGCUGCAGAUAAAACACAAGCACCGUUGGACGAUAAGACAGCUUCUAAAACAGAUAACGCCAUGGUUGAGACAAAAACAAAGCCUUUACCGGAAUCCAUGUUGACAGAGGAAAAUGUAGCCAAAAUUCCUGACAAUUCCAGUGCUGGUAAUGUUCUUGGUAUCGACCAAGAAGACCAAGAGGGCGAUUCGAAAGAAGACAGUGACUACUGGUCUUCAAAAGAUACGUUUAUCGAUUCGGUUAUCAAGACGCUUUGUUCCGAGGAUGAUGUUCUAGAGGCUACCUCCGAACAGAACAAAGAUGAUUUGAGCAACCGGGAGGAUAAGUCGGAAGGAAAUGAUGCAAGUGUAUCUAAAACUCAAGUUGGGGAACUGUCUAAAGCGGAUAAGAAGAGUCCUGAACCAGUAACUAAAUUAUCGACAACAGCACCAUCAUCGACGGACGUUCAACAAGCACCAUCGGUGGUGCAGAGAAAUUUGAACCCGACAGAAGUGAAUGUAAAUCCUUCAACGAAGGAGGAAAACGAUGUGGAUGAAGGCUCUAGUGAAAGCGUAAUUCCAGAAGCUUCUACCCGUGGAGGCAAACGAGGAGGUCGCCGUGGUGGAAGGAAAACUUCGGAAAGUAUGCCUUCGACUAUAAAACAAACAACAGUACCAGAUAAAGCUCCAGAACCAGAAGUUACUACUGUAUCUAGGAGAGGUGCAAAGGCUGGUAUCAAAAGAGGACGUGGUGGCGCAAGAGGUGGCAGUUCAAGAGGUGUUACCACUAAUGUACAUCCAGCCAUGCCAUCUGACGGUAAAGGCAAGUCUUCGAACUCUGGUUCUGAUGUCUAUGAGUUCCAUGAUGAUUCAGGUGAAGAAGUUGUCGCCGGUGACAAUCAGCAAACCGAUGGAACACGUCCGAGACUGAUUCUGACCAUUAAGAAUCAAACUCCCAGCACAGUAGCUACUUCGACAGUUGGUGCUGCUCCAGCUCCAGUGACAACAUCAACCACCGUUGCUUCGUCUGUGACUAAUGUUACUGCAAGCACCAUCAGUACCGUGCAAAUGCAACCCACCACUUCUUGUCCAGCACCACAACCGCCGGUGGAAACUCAAAGCAUUCCAUCACCGGCUUCGGAGACAUCUAGAGAAGAGUUUGUGCACCCAUCUGCCAACACACGCAAAUCUCGUCGUUUGCUCGAAAAAGAUGGACGCACUACGGUAGACGACAUCAUCGAUGAUGUGAUCCGGAAUGGACCUUCGCCAAGAGUCACACCUCCACCAGCAAGACCGCAGCAGCAGCAGCAACAGCAGUCCCAGCCAGCAGUAGUACUUGCUCAAUCACCGUUCCUACCACAGCAACCGGUACAUGCGCCAUCCGUUGGUUCUCUAGGAACGAUGGGACAAUCACAACAACCACCUCAGACGGUCACCGGGGAGCUACCCUCACAACCGGGUAGACGGAAUACUCGCAACAACGCAACAGCUGCCAACGCAGCAGCUGAUGCUCGCAAAUCUCCCCGCGCCGGACGGAAAGGCAAGGAUAGGAAAAUAUCGGAAACAUCUGCAGAUAGUAAUGACGAGAAAUCGAUGGCUCCAGUGAAGCUUACGCAAAUGGAUGCAAAGAUUGAUGGAAAAUCAAUGGCAGGAACACUUUCCGCGACUACACCGAUUACUCCAAGUGUUUCGGUCUCACGACCAAAUGAAACUGCGUCUGUGGCGGAUAAGGCAAAGGAUAAACCUAAAUCGGCCGAUGAAGUCAAAACAGAACUGGGUACUCCGCAGGCGAAUUCGUUAACGUUGAUAGAUCCCGUAACCGGUGAGCUAACGGUGAUGCGAACGGGCAAAGAAGGUCAAUAUGUAGCCAUGCCAAACGCUCCGCAACCCUUGAAGAAAGUUAUUGCAGCUGCGGCUAACGCACAGAAUGCGGCAGAACAGUUGAAAACAACUACCUCUUCGCCAACUCCUCCAUUGUCGGCGUCAGCAUCUCCUAUUCCAAAUCGUACCCCGACACCUGGUUUAGCACCUUCUCCGGGAUUGACACGUGUACCAACACCCAAUACUACUGUGGCUCAUCAUCCGACCCAACAAUUGGAAGCGCAAAAAUUAUCUUCUGUAAUGGCUAAGCAGAGUAGUCCAUUGCCUUUGACAUCGCAGAGUCCUACAAUUCCUGCCACUACUGUGGUCAUUCCAUCACCUCACAGUACUGGCGGAACAGUAGUGAUUCAGCAUCCUCAAAGUGCACAACAGCAUAGCAUUCAAAAGCCGCAUACCUUGAAGGCUCAUGUGCUAAAUUCCCAACAGAUCAUACAACAACAACAACAGUCGCAACAGCAAUCACACCCUGGAAAAACGUUCCAACAAGCAGCACCCUCAACGCAGACUCAAAUUGUAUACAAAUCUGUCAUCCCACAGCAGCAAUUGGGAGCCAUACACACAACUACCGGCAAGCAAAUUCAUCCAGGCACGAACAUAAAAAUGUCUUCCCAGACAAUUCCACAAGGAAUACACGCUCAAUCGACACCACAACAACAACAACAACAAAUCAUCAUACAAAACCCAAUAUCACAGCAGCCGAUGACGAUUAAUAAACAAACAAUUAUCAACAAACAACCUCAACAGCAGCAACAAUCUCACCAGUCAGCAAUCCAUCAUCCACCAGGCAGCGGUAAUCUUCUGAUUAACAUACCACAAAACAUGCAUCAACUGGGAAAUGUGCCAAUGUCUCCAAGAAUGCCACAGCAUCACCAAGUCGUGAUAUCAAAUACCAAGCCUCAUCCCGGGCAACCUAUCCAAGGUCAAACACAGCAUUCACCACAGAUCAUACACAAGCAGGUUCCGGGUCAACCACAGCAGACUCAACAUCAGAAUCAACCGGCUCCGCAGCAAAUUAUCAUUCAUAGUGGCAAGAUUCCACCAGGUCAGCAACAGAUUCCGUCCGGUUAUACCACGGUGUUGCAAAGUGGGGGAAAGAUCAUACACCAAGGUCCGAUUCAAAUGGCCACUCAGCAGCAACAACUUGGCCAAGGAACAUUGCAGCAGCAACAACAACAAACUAUCGGCGUACCUGGGAAGCAUACAACGCAAACUAUACAAAUCUCUGGUACCGGAGGUCCAGGUGGUGGUAUUCCUAUCCACUACCAGUCUCAAUCGGGAGGGCCGCAACCAACAAUCGUACACAAGACAAUCACAACGGUACACGGGGGACAACAGAUCAAAAUCCAGCAGCAGCACAAAGUUGGACCGGACACUCUAUCUCAUUUGCAACCAGGAACUCAAAUCGGUGGAAAGCAGAUCGUGCAACAGGUUGUUACUUCUGCUGUAGGCGGUAAACUGCCACCACAGCAGCUGAUACAUCAACAACAACUUGGUCCGAAUCAAUCUGUUGGAUUGGGUAAAGUCAAUCACGUUGUAUCCGUACCACCAACGUCCAGCGGCUGUCAGCAACCCCCGCAACCAUCGCAGUUGUUAACGAUUCAGCAGGGUAAAAGUGUUCCGUCUUCCCAUUUGCAUCAGGCGCCACAGAUUCUGACUGGUGCUGUCGCAAGUCCUCCCUUGAAGCAACCACACAUGCAAAGCCAGCAGCCGAUUGUGACAGGAGCCAGCAGUACACGCGUCGCAAUGCCACCGGUCAGUCCGCAGGGUCAGCAACCAUCGACCACACCGCAUCUGCGACAUGUCCAACAGCCGGGAAUGAAUGCGCCUUCACAGGUGGCGUAUGAGACGAAUCCGCAUGGAGAUUUGGCUGGAUUCAUCGCUCGCGGACAAAGUCCUCCGCCAGCACACCAGCAGCAAACGUCACCUAUUACACCGGUACAUAACGAUGCAACUUUCCGCGGAGGAAUGCCUCGGGACUAUGUCAAGUACAUGUACAACAGAAGUAAUAUUCAUAUUCCAAGCAGUAGAUCACCGAUGCUUCCUGGCUCAGUCGAGCAACGCGAGCUACCCGAAAUGGAAGAAUCUGCCGCGGCUAGUCCGCCAUUGGAGCUGAGACGUCCUUCCAGUGGACCGCGGCCAAUAACAACUGCUGUGCCGCACAGUUUGCAAAGUCCUGGAGAUCGAUCUACAGAUUCACCGCAAGUAGCACAAGUAUACAUCGGUAGUGCAAGAAUUCCGCACACCUAUUCGGACUCUUUGAAUACUCGAUUCUACGAUCCGGCAGCAGUAGGAGGUCCAAAUGCUCCACCUCGGGCAUUGAGCGCGGAACCACCACCAGCGCACCGACCACACAAUCUAACGACCGCUGGUGGAGGUUUUCCACCGGGAUCCUAUCCUGGAACUCCUAGUCAAACGCCACCUCCACCAUCACCAGCCAACUUGUCACAAAUCCAGCAACAGUCUCAACAACAACAACAACAACAGCUGCAACAGCGUGAUUUGCAGCAACAGCGUGAUCGUGUUACAGUGCAAGGUCAUACACAAACUACUCCCAUUUCCGCCGGACCCCUGCCUGCACACGCUGGUGGCAUACCGGCGGUACUGUCUCAGCAACCACAAGUCACCGGCAGGGGUAAUCAAAUUGCUACACCUCCUAUUGGUGCUCAGAGUACAGCACCGACGCAGAGCGACUCGUUGGAGGCGCUUCUUCAACGCUAUCCAGUUAUGUGGCAAGGCUUGUUGGCUCUCAAGAACGACCAAGCUGCAGUUCAGAUGCACUUCGUACAUGGAAAUCCGGGCGUUGCUGGCAGUUCUCUGCCGAGCAACAGUGACGGAACGACACCACCGUUGCGGAUUGCUCAGAGGAUGCGACUUGAACCGGCCCAGAUCGAUGGCGUUGCACGGAAGAUGCAGAUGGACCAAGAACACUGUAUGCUACUAGCACUGCCGUGCGGCCGUGACAGGAUGGACGUGCUGCAGCAGCAGAACAACCUGCAGACCGGAUUCAUUACGUACCUGCAGCAGAAGCAAGCGGCCGGUAUCGUAAACAUUGCCGCACCGGGUAGCUCGCAGGCCGCGUACGUAGUGCACAUCUUUCCGUCGUGCGAGUUCGCUAAUGAGAAUCUGGCUCGCAUCGCACCGGAUCUGAUGCACCGGGUGGCGAACAUUCAGUACCUGCUGAUCGUCAUCGCCACGGUGUAAGCGGAGUCCCUACAAUCGUGAGUAGAUUUAGCAACACCGGCCCGAACAACUACUACCGAAAACAACAUAUUUAAACAAAACUAGAACCUAUUGCGACGCAAAAAGAAAAUAUAUAAGAGUAACGUAAAGAGGAAAGAUUGCAAAUUGAUCUCAUUAAAUUACUAUUCUACUAGUACUACUAGCGAGCGGAAGAUGUUAGUGAGAGAGAGAAAGAGAAAGAGAAGCAGAAGCAAAAUAACUGAGGAUGUUGUACCCUUAACCGUUCAUACAAGCAGUGAUAAUUUAGGUUUUUUAAUGACAGAAAGACAACGCGACAUGAUAGAGAAAGAGAGGGAGAGAUAGAUGAAGGAAAAGAGAGAUGAUAAGAAAGGACAGACGAAAGAAGCUAGUGUUGAAAAUAAGUUGUUGAAUAAUAUGAUAAGUAAGAGAGACAGAAAAAGUAAUAAAAGUGGUAAUUAAUAAGAAACUAUAAAUAAAUGGUUAAAUAAUCUUUAAACAACGGAAAUUAAAACACGCUUUUGGUAAUGGAAGACGCAGAUAGAGCCACCAAAAUGCUGUUUCUACUAAUAUUUCACAAUUUUUCAGUGGUUAGUUCUGUAACUGAUUUUUCAAUAACUGUCCACAGCAAGCAAAAAGUGGGAGGAUAUGAAAAAGUCUACAUGAAAACUGUGAUUUUGAUCAUAAUUUUUAAGUAUUAUGAACUCUUUAUAUUGCAAGCAUACAAAAAAAAAAAGAAAAAGUAGAAGAAGAAGAAGAAGUGAAAACGGAAUGGAAGUGGAAACACGCUAAGCGACAUGUUGAGUAAUUGUAAUUGCUUUCCGGCUGUUUUUUUUUGUGCUGUCAGCGAGUUCGUUCGUAGGGGAGUGAGUUACGACUUACUUUCGAACAGAGAUUUAAAAGUGAACGCUGGCACUAGGGGAAAGCUCACACUUCUCCCACCAUAAACACCUUUAUCAUUAAUUUAUUACUUUUGUUUUUUUGUUGACGGAUGUGUAAUAUAGCUUUUGUAGGUUUUUCCCUCUUUUUCGAACAAUACACGAUAAUUUAUCGGAAAAUGUAGAUGUCAUCUAAUAUUUAUAUUAUUUGUAUAAAGAACGAAUGUAAUUGUUGAAGUUAAGGAGCUAAAUUUACAAACACAACCGCGAUGAUGAUGAUGAUAAGAAGAAAGAAGAAGUAAUGAGGAAUAUACUUGUAUAAAUUUAACGUUAAGGUAUAAGUUAUUGAUAAAACUCAAGGUAGUGAACACAAACUAUAGCUGUUUCUAAGUAAAAGUGAACGGUUCUGUCAGUUUAGAACCCUAAGCAAGUGGGAAGAUUCAUGCUAAACAGAUAAGUUUCCUACGAUUAAAAUUGUUUUAUUUUAAAGAAAGUGUAACGAUAAGAUUAGUAAUACAUUUAUUUCACUCUCAUGUACAUAUAAUCUUAAUAACGCUAGCAUCGGAACACAUUAAAGACCUAAGCUGUUUUAGAGAGCUACAGUGUAAGAGCAUAAACUUAAAUACACUUACGUACGCUAAAGUGAACCAUAACAUACAACUGUAAAUAUGCUAUGACGAAAAACUGUUGAAAAAUACUAAACACAUAACAAUCAAGAAUGUUCGAAAGUGCAGUGCAGUAAACGGCAGUGAUCGUGGGCAAAUGUUUGUUAUUUUUUCGUCGAUGUUUUUGGGAUAGGUAUUCCUAACUUUUUGGACGAUAUUUUCUGGUCGACUGCUAAUCGUUAACUGAAUUGUGUUGACCAAAACUUUUUUUUCUGUUGUCAGAACCUAUACAAUCCAUUUUUCGCAUAAGCAGAUACGAAAAAUAAUAUAAAUGGGACAGCGUAAUUUCUAUUUUUGGUUCAUAUUUGAAACUCUUUUUGGAAAACAUUCUUUCUAUCCGUGGGAAAUUUUUUUAAGAUGUAGUGUAGAAGAACUAAUCAGAAUACAUUGCUCAGUAGAUUUGGCAUGGGAGAAAACUGAGUUUUUUCUUGAGAAAUAAAGCAAAAAAAAAAAUGAUAGGAAAUAGGAAAAAAUGCACAGAAAUAGAAAGAGUUGGGAUUGAAUUGAACAACUAUUUAGAUAGCAAAAUUAUACAUGUAUUGUAUGUAAAACUCGAUACAACAGUAUAAAUCAUAGGAAAGGAGAAAUCUAAUCAAUUCGAAAAACCACCCGGACACUUACUCACACACAUCGAACCCAAGAGAUGAAGACAGUUUUUUUCUGUGACCUCUCCUGGACAAGCUCUUUCACCCCCUGCAAACUGGAAAGUCUUUUACAUUUACUAAAACAACCACAUCUAGGUGGUGCUUUUACUAUGGAAAACUGAAAACCGGAUAGUGUGGCAAGCAACUCGUUUACCACACUUUGCUUAUUCUAGUAACAGAACACUUGAAUAGACACUUGAACAAUAGACAAAAUGACUAUUCAGUAUAACGGGCAAAAUUUUUGCUUUGACAAAAACCAUCGAGGCAGGCAAGAAUAGUUGUAAAAUAUAGGACUCAACGGUUCGGAUUCACGAAAUUCACCGAUCAUACAUAAAUACAUUGACUCACUGCGGGGAGUAGCAUAACAGAAAUUGUUGCAAACUUGGGGACAGACACAAAUGGAAACAUGUUUUUGGAACGAAACGCCGCUCCGGAGCAAUGAAUAAUUAAUAAAACGGAAGAAAAAAAAAUUGCUGCAAAACAAAAAAAUGAACAUACACACAAUACGAUUAUUUAAGAAGAAAAACAGAAAAACAUGAAAAAGUUGAAACAGCGUAAUA